AUGCCAGACACAUACGAGCCGAAGGUGGCGGCAGUGGCAGUGAAGGACAGAGCUCACGAGCGACCCGAAGCGGAGGCAGCGGACGACCUCAUCGGGAUCGGCGCCGUGCUGACCAACCUGGUCUCUGCGCCCAGCGUAAUGACGACGCACGUGCUGAUCGCAGAGGCUUUCGUCGCCCUCGGGAUGGCCAUCGGCGCGGAGAAGGUGAUGACCGUCGGGAUCGCUCGGCUCGUGAUGGGGUGGGUGGCGCAGGUCUUGCUCCUGGCGCUUCUCUUCCUGGUCCUGCGGCCCGAGGCUGCAGCCACCUUCCCUGACGAGGAGGACCACCUGAUGCCUGGGCGGCGGCCGGCGUGGAGAUGGAGUUUCCUCGUGGGGGCCGUCCUCGUGCUGGUGUCCCUGGUGCCCCCCGUGCUGCACGAUCGGCCGGAGCUGGAGCUCAUAGGACGCGAAAUUGUGGUGGUCAAGAGCUCCACUCCGCCUGCUCCAGCAUCGUGGGCAUAUUGGGAUCGUGCGGUCGGCUUGUCGGCGAUCGUGGUCAACGCUCGGAAGCCCAUCCUCAAGGGCAUGCAGGACGCAGACACGUCGUGGAAGGAUAUCGUGGCGCAGGCCCCCACUGGAACUCAAGUCAAAGUUUCGGUCGGCCUUGACAAGAAUCGGACAACGGUUGCCCGCGGACUCCUGCUCAAGAAGGCCCAGCGCGAACUGGUCCCACUGCUGGACCGCAAUAGUUUCAUCGACGGCAUGGAGUGCGCGUUCAGUUCCCAGUGGAAGGGCUUCCUCAGGCAGGGCGGCGUCUUUAGCGAGUUCGGGAAGCGGCAGGAGUGCUCGAGGCCGACGAGGGCCCUGCAGGCGGUCGCCAAGUCCACGGCCGAGCUCGCCCCGCCAGAUGACGAGGCCGAGGUGGUGAUCUCGCAGCACCUCGGCGUCAUCGACAUCGACAUGCUGCGCCGAUGCUCAGGUGGCUCCGAGACGGUGUUCCCGCGAGGUGCGAAGGUGGUCUCGGCCGCGAUCUACCGGAAACUGGCCGGCCUGGUGGCGGGCGCGGCGGCCGCGUCGCUGGCGAGCUCGGUAUCUUCACGUCGCGAGGUCGGCGCGGGCACUCAGCGCGAGAUCUCCCGCGGCGAGAGGAUGGCACUUGACGAGCUGAAAAUUGACCCCCGGAAGGUUGACGACCUCACGUUGUGGAGCUUCGGUUUCUGCCGGGCGCCCCCGUUCCCAGCCCGCGAUUUGUCGCGGGGAACUCUGAGCAAGUGGGCGGUUCCACCUGUGGCGCUCGAGGGUCUCGAGGGCCCGCGCAGGAUGGCAGCGGCGGUCUCGUCAGAUAGCAGCAGGCGCGCCCUCGUCCCCACUGUCGCGGGAGCGAUGCAUGGAGGCCCGAGCAGCGGCCCCCUGUUCGACAUCGCGCACCAGCCUUUCGCGAAAACGUUGGAGACGGAGGUCGAGCGGCAGGGCGCUGGUCUCGCUCGGUGGCGCGCCGACAACUGCGGCGCCGCGUCGCUCUGCCAGACCCCCCCCCCCCGCGGCCACGAAGCCGAUCUUCAACUGGGCUGGCACUUCGGCGAGGACUUCGACAUUUUGGACGGGCUCACCUACCAGGGCUUCGAAAUGGGCCCCUCCGUCACGGUCCAGGGGCAAUUGACUGGUCCACUCAAGGGAUGGGGGAGUCGCACUCCAGCUAUCCCUGACGCGCGUGCUGAUGGUUUGACGGUUCCCGAGCUGCAUCGAUCGAGGGCGGCCAGCGUCGUGCCCUACAAAGCUCAGUUGGUGCCCCUGCCCAUCCGCCUCAUCCUGCAGGAGAUGGCGCUGCGCAAAUGUCGUUUUCGAGCGCCCGUGACAUGGCUGGCCAAGGCGAAUGAUUUCCAUAUUGACGUGCUCGGGUUGCCGAAGGCCCCGAGUGUAGAGGCAGUUGCGCUGGCGGCUCGGAUGCGGUCGGCCUCGGACACUCUUCUGCUGGGGGAGGUGAGCAACGAGCUGUUGGCCCACGUGGUCUACCUCGACGUGCUGGCCGCCGUGAUGGCUGAGGCGGCCUGCGCCUCGGCGGCGCGUAGGGGGGUCCUUGUAAGUACCACAUGUACCAUGACCGUCGGCAUCGGGCCGCUGCUGGUCAAGAUGCAUGGCAUCAAGAGAAAGACCAUACCGGCCCGCGUCGGCUUCGUGGCCGACUCCGCCGCGGACGGCUACGCUCAGCCAGGGUUCUUGCAGCCGAUCCCGCCGCCAGGCUACACUACCAUCGGCUACGUGCAGCUCCCAGCUUGCUCCGCGCUGAGUCAGCAGGCCACCAAUGAGGCUCCCCUCUGGAGCUUCAACCUUCCGGAGCAGGUGACGGCGUACGGCCCCCAGGGCGCUGGCCACGCGGGGCCCGCUGCAAGCGCCUCGGGCUUGUGGCAGCCGGGCGGCGGCUUCCCAGGUGGUGCCGCCGACGCCUGGCAGAGCGGCGGCGGCGGCGGCGGCUGCCUCGCCGCUCCAUGGGGGCCCGCCGCCCCGGGCAGCCCGCCGACCGCUGGCGGCGCUGGCCUGCCGCCGACGGCCCGCGGGUGCGCCCUGGUGCCUCCUGCCGCUGGUCAUCAGGGCCUGCCGCCGACCGCUGGUGAAGCGGGUGUGCCAGGCUCCUGCUAUGGCGGUUCCAACAUGCAGAUGCAGAUGAUAGCUGGAAUGAUGCCUCCUCCGACGCACGGAACUAUGCGAUCACGCAACAAGAGGACCAAGAGUUGCUGCUGA